ACAGAAUAGCUCCGCUAAUCGACGGUAUUAUUUCUUUCAUAGCUAGCCCCCACGCUGUACCCGCGUACGCUGCAUCCCAAGGCUAUUUUUCCCAAGGCCACCUGGGAUCACGCCCGCCGCCUCCCCAUCAGCGCGCCCCUCUAUCCCUCCCUCGCAAGGCUCCCAAUUCGUCCUGACUGCCCCUAUCUGAUUGCCGGAACUGGAGAGAAAAUUUAACAGAGACCGAACAAACAUAUAAAAUAUAAUAGUUAAUUUCAUCCUCAAAUUUUCAGCCGAAGCUUAACUUCGUCUCUAAACUUUCAAACGACCAUUUCAGUGCUCAAAUUUCUCCAUCCGGCUCAAUUGAAUCCUUCGUCCAAUAUAGCAUGCCAUGUUGCCAUGCCUUGUCACAUCUAUUUAGCUAUGGUUCAUAAAAAAUUAAUAUUUCUAUAAAUUUGAUCAUUAUAGAAAUUUUAUCUUGACGAAACUAAAAUAAUGUAUGGUUUUUAAGGAAGGGAGUUGAUCCGAAUAUAUUUAUUACACACAUAUAAAAGUUCCUUAAGUAUGUGUGAACUAAUACAUGUUGUUGCUAUAUAAAUAGGAACACUUGGAUGCUGAUAUGAUAUUCUAAUGUAGUUAAACACGUAGAGUGAAGGAUUAAAUUAAGCUACAUACUGAAACAGUCAUUUUGAAAAUUUAGGGAUGAAAUUGACCCUCGACUGAAAGUUCAAGAACGAAAUAGGCUAUUCUGCUAAAGAAAAACCAGUCUUUAUUUUAAUUUUGCAUUGAUUUUCUAUAGAAAAUUGAUCUAACAUCAUCAACUAAUUAUAUACUAUGCAUUGACUUUUUAUUUUUUUAGAAGGCCAUGGCCCCUGCCAGCCCCCCUCGGUUCCGCCACUGCCUACCCCUCUCCAUUCGUCUCUACCUCUCCUCCCCAUUGGUGUUGAUGGCAGCCCAUGGGAAGCGGAUACAAUUGCGACAUCGGCGCACCACCUCGGUGCCUCCCUCCUCCAUCCACGUCACUCCCUCCAUCUGCUUCGCAUCGGUGGCGGCGGUGAUCCAUGGAACCAAGAGGCGGCUAUGGCGCCGGCAGGUGUAGAGGGACUGCAACGAUGCACCGCUGUUUCCACCUGCCUCUGGCUUGGCCUCCCCACCCACGUCGUUCUUUCCUCCUUCGGCUGCUGAGAUGGUAACACCUAUGUGGUGAAUGAGGUCCCUCGCUGGAGCUGGCGAGAAAUAAUUUCCAUCUUUUUAAUAGAAAACCUAUAAUAAUCGAUAUUUGCAUAUAAAUACAGUAGUUACUCAGUGCGAGUUGUGGCUCUAGGUCUGUAUGAGAGGCUUAGUCUCAUGACUAGGAGGAAGUGGGAAGUGCAAAAGCUGAUACUAGCUUAUGGGUGCGGACUUGUGGGCGGCCCUGCACCUGGCCACUAUCUUGCCGUAGUUGCUCGUACUAUCGUGGCACUUUGGGUAACGUCCAUGCACCAUUGCGUGUUUGUUCGUGAGAUAGGGUAUUCGGAGGACACUCUAUAGAUCUUCUUUAGAAAAUGGAAAUUAUUUCCGACAUCUGCGACCGUACACGGCCGAUUCUUACAUACGUCCUACUCAGCUCGAAGGCCGAAUACAAAUAGAAGAGAAGAAAAUGGUUCCAUCCUACAAGAUCUUGGCCGGGUAUAUGCCAGAGGCCAAGCGGCUGGUGGCCACAACUCUGAUGGGUGGCACCUCUAGAUGCUGGCAACAAUACCAGCGCCACCAAGGAAAUACUACUACAAUAUAGGAGUAGGCUAAUAGAGGACCCUUUUGUCCACAAAACCUGUACAUAUUAAUAGAAAUUGUUCAGGCUGCAGCUGUCCGGCUAUAUACAGUCCCUAAAAAGAAAACUAAUAACCAACGGGACGUUCUUUCUGAAAAUAAUAAAAUCAAUGAAAACACGGCACAUAUAUUUAGGUGCCUCCAUCCAGAUGCUUGAUUGUCAUGCAUGGACAGCAUGGUGUAUCUUCACAUCACACGAUCUACGCGCACAUAAAACCCAACUCUCCGCGCACACGCACCAAGAAGAGAGGAGUUUCUGCGAGAGAAACCAGCAUCACAUCGGUCACGACAGACGCGUGGGGCGGCCGACCAGGCCGGCCGGCGAGGAAACCUCCCAAUCUUAUCAUCAGGAAAUUAGGAGAGAACGGAUGGGAUCAACCACGCACCAUGCAUAGCUCCGAGCUGAAUGAAUAGCCUGGUGGCGGCAUGGGGACCGACGCGUGGGCGCCCCUUCUCCUGGGCGCUCUCCUGGCGGCGGCGCUGCUGCUCGCGGCGUGGCGCCUCGUGUGGCGGCCGCGGGCCGUGGUGCGGUCGCUCGCGAGCCAGGGCGUCCGGGGCCUGCCCUACAGGUUCCUGGUCGGGUCCUUGCCGGAGGCGAAGCGGCUGGCGGUGGCACGACGGAGAGGGGCCCCGCCCCUGGAUGCCGGCUCCCACGACAUCAUGCCCUUCCUGCUGCCGCCGUUCCACAAAUGGGUCGCUGACUAUGGGAGAACUUUCCUGUACUGGAUCGGGCCAGUCCCUGCAAUCUUCUCUGUUGAUCUAGAGUUGAUCAAGGAGGUGCUGACAGACAGGACGGGCCUGUUCGCCAAGGAUUUCAUGCUCCCCGUUCUGAAAGUCCUCUUCGGCAACGGGCUCAUACUAGCGAAUGGGGACGACUGGAAACGGCACAGGAAAGUUGUGCUCCCAGCUUUCAACCACGAGAGGAUCAAGAGCAUGUCGGCAGUGACGGCAGAAGCUACGGAACAGAUGACGCGGCGAUGGUGCGACCAGAUACUGCAGAACGGCGCUCAGCGAGCAGCGGAGAUACGAGUGGAUCGCGCCAUCUCCGACCUGACAGCAGGGAUCAUCGGCCGCGUGGCUUUCGGCACGAGGGACCAGGAAGCCGGCGAGGUCCUCCAACUGCUGCACGAGAUGCAGGCGAUGGGCGCCGCGGCCAUGCUGGAUGCCCCGAUACUCUGGUAUCUGCCGACUCGGCGCAACUUGAAAGUACGACGUCUGGACAAGCUGGUGAGGACCAAGAUCAUGGCGAUGAUGGAGGCGCGGGUGGCCGCCAAGGACGACGCCACCUGCGGCGGCGGCUACGGCGACGACCUGCUCGGGCUGAUGCUGGAGGCUUGGUCGCCGGAGCGGCAAGCAGGGAGCGACGGGACGCUGACCACCGAAGAGGUGAUCGACGAGUGCAAGACCUUCUUCGGCGCGGGGCAGGAGACCACCGCCACCCUCCUCGUGUGGGCGAUGUUCCUUCUCAGCACACACCCGCAGUGGCAGGAGAAGGUCCGGGAGGAGGUCCUCCGCGAAUUCUCCUGCGACGCCGGCGGCGGCGGCGGCGGUGUCGUCGUCCCCAACACCGACGUCCUCGCCAGAUUAAAACUGCUUCACAUGGUUCUGCUCGAGACGCUGAGGCUCUACCCCCCGAUCGUGUUCAUCCAACGGACGGCCACCUCCGACGCCGUGCUCAGGGGCAUCAAGGUGGCCCGGGGCACCGCGGUGUCGAUCCCCAUCGGCAUGCUGCAGCGGGACAAGGAGGUGUGGGGCUCCGACGCCGACGAGUUCAACCCCAUGAGGUUCAAGAACGGCGUCUCGAGGGCCGCCAGGGACCCCAACGCGCUGCUGUCCUUCUCCCUGGGCCCAAGAGCCUGCACUGGGCAGAGCUUCGGCGUCGUGGAGGCGCAGAUUGUCAUGGCGAUGAUCCUCAGGAAGUUCUCCUUCUCGCUGUCCCCCAAGUAUGUUCACAAGCCAAAGUAUGUCGUCUCGUUGACUCCCAAGAAUGGGAUGCCUCUCAUCGUAAGGAACCUCGACGGGUGAGAAAAGAUUGCCCAUGAAUUUCAUAGUAUUAGUUUCUUUUUUAUUAGAUAGGUUACCGUAGCAGGUGUAUGGGCUUUUCCUUGAAUUCAAUGAAAUGUUUAUGAAAUCUAUACUCUCUCCAUUCUUAUUUUCUAUAUUGCUAGUUCAAAUGUAC